AUGGCACCGGAAACAACCGUAAAACGUAAGAGAAAAGUCGCAAGUGAUGGAACACUCGAGCCUAAGCAAGCAAUCAAGCUCAAGAAAGCAUUCAAACCUAAGAAAGCAAUAAAGAUAAAGAAAGUAAUGGCAAACAAGAAAGCAGUGGAUGCUGAGAAAGCAGUCAAUGCUAAGCAAGCAGUCGAACCGAAGAAGGACGAGAAUAUGGUGAUAACACUCGUAGCUCAGGUACGAAAAAGUCAAGGCUUAAAAAGUGAUUAUGAUAUUUGAAGGAUGGUAGAAGGUUCGUUUAUCGAGUAAGACGAGAGGCAAUGAUGAAAGCAGUCAUGGAUUCGUUUGCAGCUAGGACCGACUCCCUGGUCGCGACGCUUCGGUACGUCUUGCUAGGGCAGACAUUUUCACUGAAAGUACACAUGUAUACAUUUAGAUUCGUCAAUUUCGGUAAGAGACUCAAUGCGAACGACAUCAUUGGGUCCGUUGUGGAAAACGACGACGAUAUCGAAGUGUUCACCGAACAGAUGGGUGGCUGA